UCGGUCUUUCUCCUCCUCUGGCGAUGGGUGGAACUAAAAAGAAGAAAUGGUUCUCCUUCCACCAACGUUCCUCUUCCGCCACCAUUACAACUAUACCACAACACAAACACGACGAGACUCCACCAGAGUUUCUUUGUCCCAUCACCGGGUUCCUCAUGUCGGAUCCUGUAGUUGUCCCAUCUGGUCAAACCUUCGAACGUCUCUCCGUUCAAGUGUGUCGUAACUUAGGAUAUGUACCGGAUCUCCUCGACGGAACCCGACCCGAUUUCUCCACCGUUAUCCCUAACCUCGCCAUGAAGUCCACCAUUUUCAGCUGGUGUGACAGGAAUAAGGUUGACCAUCCUCGUCCUCCUGACUCUGCCUACGUCGAAAACGUGAUCCGUGCUCGCAUGGAUAAAGAUCCGGCCCAGAGCCGGAUCUUGCCACAUCCAAAUUCUGAACCUGAGAUUCUCCCUCCAGUUGCUGAAAAUUCACCUUCUGAUUACGAUGCUGUGAUGGAGGCUAUACGAGCACGAUCCAAGAACUCACUAUCUCCGUCGCCGACAACAUCACUUGAGUCAGUUACGGUCGGACAGAGUCCACAUCACCCAACAAAAGCCGUUAGUAUGUUCUCUUCUUCCUCCACCACUACUUCAUCAGCAGUUUACGUCGGAGCUGAAAGUCCAACUCCAAAUGCCAUCUCCGAUUACUCUUCUUCUUCUCCGAUGAUGUCGGCGGAAGAAGAAGAGAUCGUCAACAAGCUAAAAGGCGCCGACAUUUUCGACCACGAGCAAGGUCUUAUCCUUCUUAGGAAGAUGACAAGAACAAGCGAAGAUCUUCGUGUUUCCCUCUGUACAGACCGUAUCCUCGCCUUCCUCCGUUCACUUCUCAUUUCACGUUACAACCUCGUUCAGACAAACGCUGCAGCUUCUUUAGUCAACCUCUCGCUUGAGAAGCAGAACAAAGUGAAGAUUGUACGUUCAGGUUUCGUUCCUUUAUUAAUCGACGUGCUUAAGUCAGGAACAACGGAGGCUCAGGAGCAUGUCGCCGGAGCUUUGUUUAGUUUAGCGUUGGAAGAUGAGAAUAAAAUGGUGAUUGGAGUUCUCGGCGCUGUGGAGCCUCUCCUCCAUGCUCUACGUUCUUCAGAGAGUGAAAGAGCGCGUCAAGACGCGGCUCUUGCGUUGUAUCACUUAACGUUGAUUCCGAGUAAUAGGACUAAGUUGGUUAGAGUAGGUGCGGUGGCGACUCUGCUAACGAUGGUUAGGUCCGGUGAGUCCACGAGUAGGAUACUUUUGGUGUUAUGUAACCUUGCGGCUUGUCCUGAUGGGAAAAGUGCAAUGCUGGAAGGUAACGCGGUGGCGAUUCUUGUUGGGAAGCUUAGAGAAAGUGGGGGAGAUGAUUCGGAGGCGGCGCGUGAGAAUUGUGUGGCGGUUUUGUUGAUGCUUUGUCAGGGGAAUAUGAGGUUUAGGGGGUUGGCGAGUGAGGUGGGAGCUGAGGAAGUGUUGAAGGAAGUGGAGGAGAGUGGGAAUGGGAGAGUUAAGGAGAAUGCGGGGAGGAUUCUGCAGGCUAUUAGAGGAGGAGGUGGUGAUGGUGGGGAAAAUGCGGAGGCGCGUGAGUGGAACCGUAUGCUUGAAGCGACUGGGUUGAGUCGGAAUCAGUUUCAUGGAGGACAAAACGGGGGUUUCGCUUGUUCUUCACAGUUCUAGUUUUUUUUUUUUUUUUGAUUAUCUUCACUCUUUUUUUUCUUUAUCCUUUUUGAUAAAAUGUUUUUUUUUUGGUUGAUUGAUAUCAAUCAAUGGGUGUAAUUAAAUUAUCAAUUUGCGUGAAUUGUAAUACGUGAUUAUUGUUUCUCUGUUACUAAAUAAUAGAAGCGAAAUGUCCAAUUGUUUGUAAAGAGAGACUAAUGUUUUUGCA